AUGCGAUUCACAUAUUUGAUAUUUUUAGAGGACCAUGAAAUAUUUACACUUGUAGACGAUUUAGAGGCUUCUGAAGGAAAUGAUGUAAAUUUUUAUUCUUGGCUUGGUUUAGAACCUACAGCUACAGAAGAAGAUAUUAAUAGAGCAUAUAGAAAAUUAUCACUUGCAGUACAUCCUGAUAAAAAUCCUGAUGCUAAAAGUAAAGAAAAAUUUGCUCGAUUAGGCAGAAUUAAAACAAUUUUACGUAAUCCAGAAGAAAGAAAACGGUAUGAUUUCUUUUUAAAAAAUGGAGUGCCAAAAUGGCGUGGCACUGGAUAUUAUUAUAGUCGAUAUAGACCCGGAUUAGGAACUGUUUUAAUAGGAUUAUUAGUGUUGAUAUCAUUUUUACACUAUAUUAUAUUGUGGAUCAAUUACUUUCAAGAAAAAAAUAGAAUCCGACAUUAUAUAAAAGAAUCGAGAGAAAUUGCUUGGGGCAAAAGAAUGAAAAAGCAACAAACGAAAAAACGCGUCUUCGUAAACGAUUUAUCAUUUAUGGUCGAAGGUGAUCAUGUUUUUUUCUUGGCUGAUGACGGGGGAGAAUAUGUAUUAGAUGAAGAAACAGUUGUUCGACCAAAAAUCACUGAUGUAAUUGUUUUUGUGUUGCCCGGAUGGUUUUAUAACAAUAUUAAAAAACAAUUUUCUGUGAAAAAAACUAAUUCUUUAGUAAACUCUGAAUAUGAAAAAGAGGGAUUCAGCAGCGAUGAUGAUCGAAAUGAGGUUGUUGAUAAUCUUAGGAAUAAGACAAGAAGACGUAGAGGCGGGAAUAAAAGGCAAAACAGUAAACUGAAAUCUUAG